AUGUCUCAUAAUGUAAAAUUGCGAAAAUUAACUUCCAGUCAAAUAAAAGAACUUCGACAAGCAUUUGAUUUGUUUGAUACAGAUAAUAGUGGUGGUAUCUCAGUAGUGGAAUUAAAACAAGCAUUAGGUGCAUUGGGUGUUAAAGUAACUGAUCAAGAAGCACGUCAGAUGUUUUCAGCAAUUGAUAUAGAUAAAAAUGGUCGAAUUGAAUUUGAAGAAUUCGCUGAUGUUGUUGCUGAUUCUUAUUUUAAAAAAUUUUCACGUGCAGAAAUACUCGAAGCAUUUCAACGUUUUGAUCAUAAUCAUGAUGGUUAUAUUGAAGUGGAUGAAUUAAAAAGUAUUUUAGCUAGACUUGGAAGAAAUUUUUCAAAUGACGAAGUUCGUCGUAUGAUUGCACAAGUUGAUCGAGAUGGUAAUGGAAAAAUAUCUAUUGAAGAAUUUGCUGCACUUGUUGAAAACCAUUGA